GGGCCCCUUUGACGACGACUGGAGGCCUUUCUGCGCCGUCGAUCCAUCCAUCCGGCCUCGCCGAUCCCCAUCACCUGCGACGGCGAGCAGCGUCGCCGGCGUCCGGCUGCCUCCGCCGCAUACUCGGCUCGGUCGUCUUCUCGACCUUCACUCUCCGGAGGUCUCCUCGCUAGCCCCGCCGCGCCGAUUUCCAUCCAUCCCUCCCGCGAGGUGGGUGCCGCCGUCCUGCCGCUUCCGCCUCCGCUCCGGUUGGCUCCUGAAGUUGAUUAGGUGGUGCCAUGGGUUCAAAGGAUUCUCAAGUCGAAGCUACUUUACAAGAUGGGAACAAAGAAGAUGAAGAGGAUGAUUGGGAGGCGAUUGCAGAUCGUGGUGAAAACGAUGAGACGCUAACGCUAGCGCGUUCUCUCGAGCAGCAAGCAAAGGUUUCUCCUAGUAGUUCUUCUGAGAAAAUUAGCACUCCAUCUUCAGGGCCCAAGAGGAGGGGAAGGGGUUCGUUUCUUUACGACAAGAGUGUUCUAUACAGUGAUCAGUGUGGUCUAGAAAAUGAUAUGGAUGAACAAGAGUCUAAUGAUCAGAGUGGAUCAAAGGGCCGUGUGGAUGAGCAGAAACACAAGAGUAAUGCAGCUGCGAAACAAUAUGGGACAAGGCAUGUCCUUGUUCUUUAUGACUUCCCACCUAGCACACUCGCAGCAGAUUUGGAAAAGAUUUUCGACAAGUUUGGGGACCAUGGAGUUGCCAUUCGCUGGGUUAAUGAUACUGUUGCACUUGCAGUUUUUCGGACUCCAUCAGCUGCUAAUGAGGCACAAGCUUGUAUACCUCCAAGAUAUAAAGUGCGGCCACUAAAAGAGGAUGACGAUCUCUUGACAAAAAAUGAUGGCAUAGACCUUGAACCACCAACUCCAAGGCCGAAGACAUCUGCAAGAACAGCACAAAGGCUGAUUGCUCAUGGAAUGGGGCUAAGGCAGUUUACAAACUUCGGGUCAGACGAGCUGAAGAAACAAGAGGAGGCGAGGAGGAGUCGAAUCGCUGCUCGACAAGCUUUGCGGGACGACGCAUGGGGUUCAGAUUGACUGAUUCGCCGCCUUCAUGGAUCAUCGCCUCUAGCAGCCAGGCUGCUCCCAGGCCUGGUGCCAUUUUGUGUGACCUGUGGCUGUGGGUGCUUAAGACCAUGUCUCUGUACUUGGGUUGGUUUGUGCCGUUUCUUUCCGACAGAGAGGAACAGAGGUAGCGAUCAAGAUAUAUAGAUAAACUCGCGUCGCCCAAGCAAAUGUCAAGCAUGGCGGAGUAUGAAUUUACUGUAAGGGAAUACCCUGAAUUCUGGCGGUUUUGGUAGACCGUAAUUCCCUGGAUUGAUACGUGCUUCUUUCAGAAAUUCUGGAAAUGUGUCUUAUUUCCGUA